AUGCCAGAAUCUGAAAAGUCUGACGAUGAUGAGGUCCCCGAUAAGAGCAAUAUCCAGAUAUAUUUGCGCAUCCGCCCUGUCUCGGAACCAUCGGAGUGUAUACAAAUAGUAGACGACGAAAAUCAUGUCCGCUUCGAUGUCCCUCGGAAGCUCAACCAAGGGCUUGUGAACAACCAGAAGGAAGCUCAUCAUUUCACAUUCAACUCGCUCUUCUCAGCCAGCAGCACUCAGGAGGAGGUCUUCGAUGGUGUGGCGCGCGACUUGGUGCUACAAAGUUUGGAUGGCAUCAAUGGGACCAUCUUUGCCUAUGGCCAGACUGGUUCUGGAAAAACUUUCACCAUCACUGGUGGACCUCAACGCUACGCAGAUCGAGGCAUCAUUCCCAGGGCCAUCGCCCUCAUGUUUCACAGCAUUGCAGAGCGCACCGACACGGAAUAUAAGGUGCACGUGUCCUACCUGGAGAUAUUCAAUGAGGCAGGCUAUGACCUGCUGGACCAGGAGCGUGAAGUGCGGCUUCUGGAAGACUUGCAGCGCAUCCAUAUACUGGAGGAUGAGGACGCUGUCAUACACACUCGCAACCUCUCAAUGCGGCGCGCAGACACGGAAGAGGAUGCUUUGAACCUCUUGUUCCUUGGGGAUACCAACCGUACCAUCAGUGAGACUCCCAUGAACAUGGCCUCAUCUCGCUCGCAUUGUGUGUUCACGUUGUACUUGGAAGGACGCAAGACUGGUGAGGAGGUGGUGCGGAGGUCAAAAUUAAAUCUUGUAGACUUGGCGGGUUCGGAGCGAGUGGCCAAGACACAAAUUAAUGGCACCAUCUUGAAGGAAGCAAAAUACAUCAAUCUGUCCUUGCAUUAUCUUGAGCAAGUCAUAAUUGCUUUGCAGCGCAGCAUGGGGCAAGCUAGGCUUCACAUCCCAUACCGCAACUCCAUGAUGACAACAGUAUUAAGGGACAGCCUGGGUGGCAACUGUCGCACUGUCAUGAUUGCCAAUAUCAACGGUGCUUCAGCUCAACUGGAGGAGUCUAUCUCCACAUGUCGAUUUGCUCAGAGGGUCGCCAUGAUUUGCAACUCGGUGACAACGAAUGUGGAGUUGGACCCUGACACAAUCAUUAGAAACCUUAGGCAAGAGAACGAGAAUCUUAAAUAUCAGAUAAGGCACGACCUCAAGAGCAUUGCUACUGCCUGA